AUGGCGCUACAAGGAACCGCGAAAGAAGCUCGCGCAAAACGUCGCGAGCAACUCCGUCUCUGGGAGGAGUCUGAGACGAACCUCGUGGACCUUGGAGCUUCGCAAACUUCACGGCCGGCCAAGAGCGCAAGAGUGAAAUUCAACCAGCAAUGCGUAUUCUUAGCGGCGUGCUCAGCCGGCGACAAAGAAGAAGUCCAGAGACUGCUCGACUCCGGGAGCGCCAACAUCAACACGACGAAUGUGGACGGUCUUACAGCACUCCACCAGGCUUGCAUCGAUAACAACAUCGAGAUGGUGGAGUUUUUAAUCGAUAAAGGAAUAGACAUCAACAUAGGUGACAACGAGGGAUGGACUCCGCUACACGCUACGGCGUCUUGUGGCUACGUGUCGAUCGCCCAGCUUCUGCUGGAACGUGGCGCGAGACUGGACAUCGUGAAUGUAGAUAAUGAGCUUGCGGUGGAUCGAGCCGAAGAACCAAAAAUGAAGCAGUUGCUCGAGAGCGAAGCCAAGAAACUGGGCGUCGACUCGGAUUCAGUUCGCAAGAGAGAGCAGAAAAUCAUGCUCGAUGAUGUGAAACUCAUGCUGGACGCACAGAGUAAGCUGCCCCCGUCGCAACGGCACGCCGUGAUUGUGGACGAGAAGACAGGAGCCACGGCCUUACACGUCGCCGCUGCUAAAGGCUACACAGAUGUGAUACAUUUACUGCUCAAAGAGCGCCACGACGUCCAUGUUGUAGAUUUAGAUGGAUGGACUCCGCUGCACGCGGCUGCUCACUGGGAUCAGAAGGAUGCUUGUACAAUGCUCGUGAAGGAAGGAUUGGCCGAUUUGGAGAAGCUGACGCAUUCGGGUCAAACAGUGGCAGACGUCUGUGAUGAAGGCUUGACGAGCCAUAUUGCCGAGCUGAAACAGAAGCGACCCGAGUGGCUGGCCGAGCGACAGAACAUGAUGGAAGAGCAUCGCGAGGAAGAAUCAUCUCCUCAUGAAAUCGUUACUUUAUCGCUGCCUCCUCCACACGUCCUCAAGAGACGAACUUCGGUGACCCGUAUGAGUGGCAGCGACAGGAGUCAGCUUAAGGACGCGUCGGCGGAGCGGAUCAGCGCAUCGAUCAUCCUCGUAAGCAGAACCCUUGAGAAUCCGAUGGAAGAAGAACCUUCGGUUGAAGCCACUAUUGAACUCCCUCCGCCAUUGCCCCGGAGCAACCCUCCUUCUCAGAGCAAUUCUACCGCUUCGACACCGUCGUCGAAUUCGGCGUCCGUUUCCGCUACACUGAGCCUCUCCUCCGGUGGGGAUCUCUCACGAUCGAAACGUAAAACUUUUUUUUCUCCAAAAAUUCAGAACUCCCUCGGUGCUGGGGUCAAAAGAAGUUUCGUCGCACCGGUCCGAGACGAAGAAAGCGAAACUCAGAGAAAGGCACACGCCAAAAGGGUCCGGGAGACUCGCAGAAGUACACAGGGUGUGACUCUGGAGGACCUUAAGUCAGCGGAGGAGAAUAUUCGAAAAAGUAAUGAUGGGAGGAGGAGAGAGCCAGAAAACACAAUUCAUGCGGGUUUAACAGUCCCUCCAGCCUCGUCUUCAACCUCGAUGGAUGUUGGCUACGACUCGAGCCUGGAGCGCCGAACUUCUUGGCGGGAACGCGCAGCGGCAGAGCAAAGACAACGCCAAAUCGAAGAUGCGCCGCACCUCAAGAUCGUAGACAGUAUUGAGGCUGUUCACAAUCAUGGAGAUCUAUUGUUGUCGGAUGGCGAACAAAUUGUCGCGGACCCACCGAAAGCAGCUAUCGAAAACAAAGAAAACAGUGAAGUCGAUUCAUCCAACGCUUCGCAAACACGUCAACGCCGAAGGCCAAAGAGGAGGAGUACAGGAAUCUGCGCUGGCGGAGGCGUCUCGGAUGAGAUUCCGGUUCAGCUUGAAUUGAAUAAUGGCCAGAGUCGAUUGAAAAUUCAUGAGGUCGAGCAUCGAGCAGAAACGGCGCGCAUUCAAGCUGCAGAAAAUUCGACGGAUUUCAAAAAGCUUUACGAAAUUGAAGUUGCUUUGCGAGAAGCCAACAAAAAAGAUUCCGGAAUCGUUCGCGCUGAAAACGACCGGUUGAGGGAGCUUCUGACAGAAAAAGAGGAAGAGGUUCUGGAAAUGAAGAAAUUUGUGGAACAAGAAAAGACUCGACGGCUCGAGGCAGAACAAUGCCUUAAAGAUAUGCAAAACGAUAUUCAGAACGUGGAUACUCUCAAGCGCAAAAUCGAAACUCUCCAGGAAGAAAAUGCUGCGCUAAUCCGAGUCAUAUCGAAGCUAUCUAUAAAUAAUCACAAGUGA